GGCCUCAGUCAGUGUUGCUGCCGGAGUGUUCUUUGGGAGAAGGGAAGGGAAGGGAAGGGCAGGGGUUGGAGAAAAGGGAAUCCUUGCGGGAAACAUAGUGGGAGUGUGUUCAGGGAGAGCGGCCGGAGGGAAAGAUGCCGGAUAGGUGGAGGAAUGCAGAGGGUGCCCGUGGAGGAGUAUCCAGGAGUCCGGAGGGUGUUCAUUGUGCAGAUACAUUAGGUAUUUCGUUAUGGAAAGAACUGAAGCGUUUCUAAGGAAAGGAAAGAACGGAUACAAGGAGUUUCCGCGAAUAGAAAGGAUAGCGUUCGAAGCCAGAGGAAGUGCUAAAUACUAGACACUAUGAAGAGAAUGCAUGAUAGAAUAGACAGAUGUAGUAGAAUUAAUAAAUGUUGGCCCAAGGACUAAAGAGUUAUUCCAGAUGGGCCGGGAUGGCCUAGUUCUGAACCUGUUUGGGCUCUUCUGUAGAUGACAUCUGGAUAGAGGGGAGGAAUCGGGAACUUGGAAAUUCAGCCAAGUGAUCUGGUGGGAUGGGCAUUUGCCUGACAUACUAUAUAGAGGACUUGGAUGGCAUAAGUGAUUAAGGUGGUGUGGAGGGUAUUUGAAGCUUACGAAAGGUAGAAACUCAACCAUGAUAUCUUUUUCAACUCUACAGCAUUCCCUUCCUUGAAGUCUUCAUUUUUAUCUUAGUCUCAGGCAGUUAUACUUAAGCAUGAACAUUGACGACAAACUGGAAGGAUUAUUUCUUAAAUGUGGCGGCAUAGACGAAAUGCAGUCUUCCAGGGCAAUGGUUGUAAUGGGUGGAGUGUCUGGCCAGUCUACCGUGUCUGGGGAACUGCAGGAGUCGGUACUUCAAGAUCGGAGUAUGCCUCACCAGGAGAUCCUUGCUGCAGAUGAAGUGUUACAAGAAAGCGAAAUGAGACAACAGGAUAUGAUAUCACAUGAUGAACUCAUGGUCCAUGAGGAGACAGUGAAAAAUGAUGAAGAGCAGAUGGAAACACAUGAAAGACUUCCUCAAGGACUACAGUAUGCACUUAAUGUCCCUAUAAGUGUAAAGCAGGAAAUUACUUUUACUGAUGUGUCUGAGCAACUGAUGAGAGACAAAAAACAAAUCAGAGAGCCAGUAGACUUACAGAAAAAGAAGAAACGGAAACAACGUUCUCCUGCAAAAAUCCUUACAAUAAAUGAGGAUGGAUCACUUGGUUUGAAAACCCCUAAAUCUCACGUUUGUGAGCACUGCAAUGCUGCCUUUAGAACGAACUAUCACUUACAGAGACAUGUGUUCAUUCAUACAGGUGAAAAACCAUUUCAAUGUAGUCAAUGUGACAUGCGUUUCAUACAGAAGUACCUGCUACAGAGACAUGAGAAGAUUCAUACUGGUGAAAAACCAUUUCGCUGUGAUGAAUGUGGUAUGAGAUUCAUACAAAAAUAUCACAUGGAAAGGCAUAAGAGAACUCAUAGUGGAGAAAAACCUUACCAGUGUGAAUACUGUUUACAGUAUUUUUCCAGAACAGAUCGUGUAUUGAAACAUAAACGUAUGUGCCAUGAAAAUCAUGACAAAAAGCUAAACAGAUGUGCCAUCAAAGGUGGCCUUCUGACAUCUGAGGAAGAUUCUGGCUUUUCUACAUCACCAAAAGAUAACUCACUGCCAAAAAAGAAAAGGCAGAAAACUGAGAAAAAAUCAUCUGGGAUGGACAAAGAAAGUGCUUUGGACAAAUCUGACCUGAAGAAAGACAAAAAUGAUUACCUGCCCCUUUAUUCUUCAAGUACUAAAGUAAAAGAUGAGUAUAUGGUAGCAGAGUAUGCUGUUGAAAUGCCACAUUCUUCCGUUGGGGGAUCACAUUUAGAAGAUGCAUCAGGAGAAAUACAUCCACCUAAGUUGGUUCUCAAAAAAAUUAAUAGUAAGAGAAGUCUGAAGCAGCCAUUGGAGCAGAAUCAAACAAUUUCUCCCUUAUCCACAUAUGAAGAGAGCAAAGUUUCAAAGUAUGCUUUUGAACUUGUGGAUAAACAAGCUUUACUGGACUCAGAGGGCAAUGCUGAUAUUGAUCAGGUCGAUAAUUUGCAGGAGGGGCCCAGUAAACCUGUGCACAGUAGUACUAAUUAUGAUGAUGCCAUGCAGUUUUUGAAGAAGAAACGAUACCUUCAAGCAGCAAGUAACAAUAGUAGGGAGUAUGCGCUGAAUGUGGGCACCAUAGCUUCUCAGCCUUCUGUAACACAAGCAGCUGUGGCAAGUGUCAUUGAUGAAAGUACUACGGCAUCCAUAUUAGAUUCACAGGCACUGAAUGUGGAGAUUAAGAGUAACCAUGACAAAAAUGUUAUUCCAGAUGAGGUACUGCAGACUCUCUUGGAUCAUUACUCUCAUAAAGCUAAUGGACAGCAUGAGAUAUCAUUCAGUGUUGCAGACACUGAGGUGACUUCUAGCAUAUCAAUAAAUUCUUCAGAAGUACCUGAGGUCACCCAGGCAGAGAAUGUUGGAUCAAGCUCCCAAGCAUCCUCAUCAGAUAAAGCCAACAUGUUGCAGGAAUACUCAAAGUUUCUGCAGCAGGCUUUGGACAGAACUAGCCAAAAUGAUGCCUAUUUGAAUAGCCCGAGCCUUAACUUUGUGACUGAUAACCAGACCCUUCCAAAUCAGCCAGCAUUCUCUUCCAUAGACAAGCAAGUCUAUGCAGCCAUGCCCAUCAAUAGCUUUCGAUCAGGAAUGAAUUCUCCACUAAGAACAACUCCAGAUAAGUCCCACUUUGGACUAAUAGUUGGUGAUUCACAGCACUCAUUUCCCUUUUCAGGUGAUGAGACAAACCAUGCUUCUGCCACAUCAACACAGGACUUUUUGGAUCAAGUGACUUCUCAGAAAAAAGCUGAGGCUCAGCCUGUCCACCAAGCUUACCAAAUGAGCUCCUUUGAACAGCCCUUCCGCGCUCCAUAUCAUGGAUCAAGAGCUGGAAUAGCUACUCAGUUUAGCACUGCCAAUGGACAGGUGAACCUUCGGGGACCAGGGACAAGUGCUGAAUUUCCAGAAUUUCCCUUGGUGAAUGUAAAUGAUAAUAGAGCUGGGAUGACAUCUUCACCUGAUGCUACAACUGGCCAGACCUUUGGCUAAAAAAAAGUGUAAAUAAUACUGGCACUUUAGAACAGAUUAAUCAAGAGUGGGGUUACUCUGUGUAAAUGGAGUGCUGUACAGAUUUAAGAGCAAUGCGUUAUAACAAGUUAAGCUGAUAUGAAUAGCAAGAUAAUCCAAUAACUGCAUUUUGUUUGGUUAGUCAGCAUUCUUUGAACUGCCUUACAUGUUGUCACCUUUAUAGAAGCAAUGCAUUACUUGUUUUAGAACAGAAACUUGCUAUUCCACCUACACCGAGUUUAAAAGGAAAAAAAAAAAGACUUUCGCACAAUUGUUUCCUAAUUGAUAACAUUGUACAUUCUUAGGAGAUUAGUAAUUGUGUGAAAUUUACUCAUACUGUUUCUAAGUUUUUCAGCAUAGUCAUUGCACUUCAGCAGGGAAUCUGAGUAUACUUUACAGACAGAGUGAACUUCAGAGUUUAAAUGUCAAGAGAUUAUGGCUUAAAUAAAUUAGUGUGUCCUAUAGGAGGAAAAAAAGAAACCAAGAAACCACCGUUUAAAAAGAAUGAUAUGCCAUAUACCCUUGAUUUUCAUUUUGCAUUAUAUUGACAUGUUUUUUUUUUUUUGAGAAAAGAAAGUAAUAAAAAUCUGAUAGUCUAAGACUCCACUAUUUAAAAGCCUAAUUACUUUUAAAAUAUGCAUACUUUCAAAACUUUUACCAAAAUACGUAACUGUUGAAGCAUUCACUUCUCAAUGGAAGUAUGCAUAUUGGUGUCAGUUUCUUUGUACAGUUGUACUUAGAUAUUUUUUAUGAUUUUUCAUGUGCAGGUAUCAAGGUUUUGAAGUUUUAGUAAAAAGAUAUUCUGUAGAUUACAUUCCCAAGAACAUAAUGCUUACACAAAAUGUAUAUUCCACGUUUUAAAGCUUAAUUGUAUUUUACUUUACAUAUACACUUCAGUUAACAUAGAGCACUUAGAAUCUAUUUGGUAUUUUUGAUUUCUCAAAGUAAAAAAAAAAUUAGAUUUUUAGGUUUGAUAUGGUUGUGUCAUAAUCAUCUCAUAAUUGACAAUUUUAAUUUUUGGCAAUAAAAGGAAAUUGGAUAUCUUUGGAACUGUAAAACCUGGUUUAAUCCUUCUCUUUCUAGAAUCUUGAUAGAUUGGAUAAUUAAACAGUAUCCAGAGAAACUAAAGAAAUGGGCAUUUUAAUUGCUUAUUUUAUCUUGAAUUACUUUUUAAUGAACACUGCUCAUUACAAUUUUACAAACCAAAAGUGUUUACUAAUUCUAGUAACUACAAUUUCUUUUUCAGCUAGAUGAGUGAUCGGAAACUUUUUGUUGCAUUUCAAAAUCUAAAUAAACUACAGACUUUAUCCUUA